UUGGGUUUCAGAAAAGCUUUCAGGUUACUUACUGAGUGAAUAUGUUCUUUCUAAUGCUUUAUGCCUGAUAGGCAGCGCUUUGUUUAGGGCAUAGACACAAGUGGUUACCCUAGGUGCUCCGAUUAGGGAGAGAAAUCUAACAAUAUAUUGUGUGAAAUCCUCAGUCUGAACCGUGUUUGAAUACAGACCACUGCAGGCCGCCUGCCACCUCCUAAGUUUCCAGAUCUAGAAUCUGAGAGAAAAUGUGAGCGCAUAGUUUGUAGGUGGUGUCUGUAGAUGAGCAAGCCAUUGGAAGGGGCUUACAAUUCUUAGCCCUGUGUGUUAUGCUCAUAUCACCAUUAAUUCCUGUUAGCAGAUCAGUAGAGGGAGGUACCAAGUUUCAGAAUUUUAUAGUAGUGAAAAAAUGGAAACCACCCACACAGUGUUCAGUGGGUGCUUGCUACAGUGCACUCAGGUCUGUUCAGGGGAGCACUGUCAGCCUGUUGAUACCAUGCAAGUGCAGUCUGUAAACUUUUCAAGUUCACCUUUACCUUUUGAGUGUUUGAGUCUGUCUGUGUUUGUGUUGUGUAUUUGCCAUGUGUGCCUGGUGCCUGUGGAAACCAGAAGAGGGUGUCAGAUGCCCUGAGUCGGUGCUGGGGACUAAACCUAGGGCCUUUGCAGGAGGAGCUGGCGUGUAGUCUUUACUGCUGGGGCAUUUCUCCAGCUCUGUAAGGAAAAUUCUGAUGUAAAGUUAUACAAGUUUUCCAAAAGAAUCAAAAAUUGCACGACCACUGUAGACAGUCAAACUUUAUGUGAGUUUUAGUUUCCUUUUUGUAUUUAAUACCUUUUUAAAUCCAAGUAAUUUUAAAAGUUAUUAUUAUUUUAUAUAAAAUGGUAGAAACAUUGGGAGUUUUAAAUUUCAAAUAGAGGGUAGACUCAUUUUUAAGUAGUUUUACAGUGUAAUUAUGCUUGGUGGGGUUAGUCUUGAUGACAGGGCUGGCUUUUGAGGACUCUAGUUGGGAUGAGAAUAGGCUAUUGCAGGUCAGAAGAGGCAAGCAGUGAGUCUGAGGAAUGAGAGCCAUGGCCAGGGUGGAAGGCCUCGCUCGCUCUCAGGCUGAAGGCUGCCGAGGAGAUUAUGGAAUGUGCCGGAAGGGAUAGGACAGAGUCCUGGGAGAUAAGAACUUUGGUUUGAGAUACUGGGCUGGUGAUGACCUCCAUUAACCCAGGUGGAGAAUACCGGAGGAGAUGGGUUUCUUCCCUGUCCUCCCUUGUUUUUGAGAAAGGCAAGUGAUGGGAAAUUGUAAACUCAGUUUAAUAUGGGGGCAAGAGUAGUGGUUUUGAGUAUGAAACUUAUUAUCGUUUCCAUGCUUGUAUUUGACUUGGGGUGACUUACUUUUUUUUGGGCCUUAGUUUUCUCAUGUGUAACAAUAGACAUGAUAAUGUGAUUUAUGUAACUAAUUAGUAGAGGCUAAGAGACUUAAAAAGAUGCUUCAUGCAGUGAGUUAUAACAGGGAAAUUUUAGUUCACUGGGUCAUUGAGAAUCUUGAUCUCUGGAGAGAUAUGAGUUGGAAGAGACUAAGGACUUAGACCCAGGACUUCUAUAUGUGCUCAUGGCAGAGUGUUUCCCUGGCAUCUUUUUAUAUACUUCGGAAUCUGUGUUCUGAUGUGGUUACUGAGGCAACCUCACACUUCUCUCCUUACAUACACUUUAGUUGCUUCCCGUGGCUAGUCCCCAUUCUAGGGUGUGAGUGUACCCAUGCUUAGAGCACUUGGGGAUUGUCUGGUUGUCAUUGGCUUCUUAACCCCUCCCCAUCUUUCUCAUUUGAUGGAAUUUUUUUCUUUCUUUCUUUCUUUUCUUUUUUUGAUAGAGGGAAUAUGUAGCAAUCUGUUAAAUGUUUGAAUCAGAAAUUUCUUAAUUUGGGAUAGUUAGCAUUCCAUUUGCCUAAGGUUUUUUUUUUGCAUACUAAUUUUGUUUGUUUGUUUGUUUGUUUUGAGACUGGGUUUCUCUGUGUAUCCCUGGCCUGGAACUCACUCUGUAGAUAGGCUGGCCUUGAACUCAGAAAUCCGCCUGCCUCUGCCUCCCAAGUGCUGGGAUUAAAGACAUGUGCCACCACUGUCCAGCAUACUAAUUUAUUACUUAGGUCUUUUGUUCUUCCAUGUUGGAGAUACAUUCUUGUAUCUUUGUAAUUUUCUCAGUCAAUUUAUGACUUCCGGGAACCAUCCUGAGGUGUAGAGAACUUUAGUAUCUGACUGGAGUUCAUAAUUAAUUAGUGGGUGGGGCCUUUGACCUGUUAGUCUCCUGACCCUGACUUUCCACACCUAUGAAGAAAGGGAGGCUGCUUCCUUGUAGGGCUGCUACAGGAUUAAAUAUGUCAGCAUUUACCAAGUGUGUGAGCUGAGUGGUGGGUGUUAUAGUUUUGCCGCUGGACUCUUCCCUCCCUUCCCCCACCCCAUCAGGAUGAUAUGAGACUUGAAAGAAGACGAUGCAUACAGGAGGAGAGACUUCAGCAUGCAAACCUUCAUCUGUCCGGCUUGCACCGUCGUUCUCAUUCCAUGCUGCUGGCCUUCAGAUGGCUGCACAGAUGCCCCACUCACACCAGUACAGUGACCGUCGCCAGCCGAGCAUAAGUGACCAGCAGGUGUCUGCCUUACCAUAUUCUGACCAGAUUCAGCAACCUCUAACUAACCAGGUGAUGCCUGACAUUGUCAUGUUACAGAGGCGGAUGCCCCAAACCUUCCGUGAUCCAGCAACUGCUCCUCUGAGAAAACUCUCUGUGGACUUGAUCAAAACAUACAAGCAUAUUAAUGAGGUUUACUAUGCAAAAAAGAAGCGAAGACACCAACAGGGCCAGGGGGACGAUUCCAGUCAUAAGAAGGAGCGGAAGGUUUACAAUGAUGGUUACGAUGAUGAUAACUAUGAUUAUAUUGUAAAAAACGGGGAAAAGUGGAUGGAUCGGUAUGAAAUCGACUCCUUAAUAGGCAAAGGUUCAUUUGGACAGGUUGUGAAAGCUUAUGACAGAGUGGAGCAAGAAUGGGUCGCCAUUAAAAUCAUCAAGAACAAGAAAGCGUUUCUGAAUCAAGCCCAGAUAGAAGUGCGGCUGCUUGAGCUCAUGAACAAACACGACACUGAAAUGAAGUACUACAUAGUGCAUUUGAAACGCCACUUUAUGUUUCGAAACCAUCUCUGUUUAGUGUUUGAAAUGCUGUCCUAUAAUCUCUAUGAUUUGUUGAGAAACACCAACUUCCGAGGGGUCUCUUUGAACCUAACACGAAAGUUUGCGCAACAGAUGUGCACAGCAUUGCUUUUUCUUGCGACUCCAGAACUUAGUAUCAUUCACUGUGACUUAAAGCCUGAGAACAUCCUUCUGUGUAACCCCAAACGGAGUGCAAUCAAGAUUGUUGAUUUUGGCAGCUCUUGUCAGUUGGGGCAGAGGAUAUACCAGUAUAUUCAGAGUCGCUUUUAUCGGUCUCCAGAGGUGCUACUGGGAAUGCCUUAUGACCUUGCUAUCGACAUGUGGUCCCUUGGAUGUAUCUUGGUUGAAAUGCACACUGGAGAGCCUCUGUUCAGUGGUGCCAAUGAGGUCGAUCAGAUGAAUAAAAUAGUGGAAGUCUUGGGCAUCCCACCUGCUCAUAUUCUUGACCAAGCACCGAAAGCAAGAAAGUUCUUUGAGAAGUUGCCCGAUGGCACUUGGAGCUUAAAGAAGACCAAAGAUGGAAAACGGGAGUACAAACCACCAGGAACCCGUAAACUUCAUAAUAUUCUUGGAGUAGAAACAGGAGGACCUGGCGGGCGGCGUGCUGGGGAAUCGGGUCAUACUGUAGCUGACUACUUGAAGUUCAAAGACCUCAUUUUAAGGAUGCUUGAUUAUGACCCCAAAACUCGGAUUCAACCUUAUUAUGCCCUGCAGCACAGUUUUUUCAAGAAAACAGCUGAUGAAGGUACCAACACAAGUAACAGUGUGUCUACCAGCCCUGCGAUGGAGCAGUCUCAGUCUUCAGGCACCACCUCCAGCACCUCCUCCAGCUCAGGUGGAUCCUCGGGAACGAGUAACAGUGGGAGAGCCAGGUCGGAUCCGACGCACCAGCAUCGACACAGCGGUGGACACUUCGCUGCUGCUGUCCAGGCCAUGGACUGUGAGACACACAGUCCCCAGGUGCGCCAGCAGUUUCCGGCUCCUCUGGGAUGGUCAGGCACUGAAGCUCCUACACAAGUCACUGUUGAAACUCAUCCUGUUCAAGAGACAACCUUUCAUGUAGCCCCCCAGCAGAACGCAUUGCAUCAUCACCAUGGAAACAGUUCCCAUCACCACCACCACCACCAUCACCACCACCACCACCAUGGACAGCAAGCCUUGGGUAACCGGACCAGGCCAAGGGUCUACAAUUCUCCAACAAAUAGCUCCUCUACCCAGGAUUCUAUGGAGGUUGGCCACAGUCACCACUCCAUGACAUCCCUGUCUUCCUCAACAACUUCUUCCUCGACAUCUUCCUCCUCUACUGGUAAUCAAGGCAAUCAGGCCUAUCAGAACCGCCCAGUGGCUGCUAACACCUUGGACUUUGGACAGAAUGGAGCUAUGGACGUUAAUUUGACCGUCUACUCCAAUCCCCGCCAAGAGACUGGCAUAGCUGGACAUCCAACAUACCAAUUUUCUGCUAAUACAGGUCCUGCACAUUACAUGACUGAAGGACAUCUGGCGAUGAGACAAGGGGCUGAUAGAGAAGAGUCUCCCAUGACAGGAGUUUGUGUGCAACAGAGUCCUGUAGCUAGCUCGUGACUACAUUGAAACUUGAGUUUGUUUCUUGUGUGUUUUUAUAGAAGUGGUGUUUUUUUCCCAAAAAACAAAAGUGCAAAGCUGCUUGAAUCAGAAGGAGAUUAACACACUGAACCGCUACAAGAGGGCAAAGCUGACUUUUUUUUUUAACUUGAAAAGAUUGCAAAGGGACAAUGAAGUUUUUAAGAGCCAUGUCCACCCAUCUUCACGGAGAGCUCAGAGUGUCCUCUUUCUGCCUCCCCCAUUUAACUUCCAUCUCCUGGUCACAGUGGGUUUUGUCUUUCUAUCCAACAAGAGUUAAUGUUCAGCUGUUGGUCUUGGUCAUUUGCCAACUAAUUUUAAAAUAAAAAGGCACUGCACAUAAUUUGCAUAAAGGGCCCCAUAAGGGUGUUUUGUUUUGUUUUCAUUUUUAUUUUUUCCCUUUUUCCCUUGUUUUGUUUUGUUUCAUUUUGGGCUGGGGGUGGGGUGGGAAAUUUGGGUUUUUUAUGUCCUCUACACACUUGGGCACGGAAAUGCAGUACUGUAAGGAAGAGGGACCUCUAGCACACACAAACAUCAUCUUCAGCUGUGUGAAAGGGACGAUUGUGUUGACAUUUGUAAGGCACAUUAAGCAUGCUAAGUGGCGGGGAUCAGGACUCUCCUAUCUGAGCCUACUGAGGAGCAAAGCAGCCAUUGCAUGGGAUCCUGUGGGUCUCCUGCUGGAGAGGCCACAGGAGGAUAGGAUGGAACGUGACUGGUCGGUCUCCUUACCAAGGCGCACUGAGAAGCAAUCAGCGGGUCGGUUGUGGCCAGUCCUGGGGAGGUCUGAGUGGUGGUCCUUGGGAUAACCUUUGGCCUUACGGAUUUGGACUCGGAGUUAGAAGAGCCCACCAUUUCAGAUGCAAUCACUUGUGGACAUGCGUUUGCAGACAGUCCUUAAUGCUGAAAACACAGAGAAUGGGUAAUUCAAGAGGCCUUUCUUUUAAAAUAGACUUUUGUGACCCACUAAUUGUAAGGUAUUGCAAGGUCACUUUGCGUGUGUCAUAAAGCUGACUCCCUUCUUGGUUGAAGGCCACAGAGGUAGUGGUUUGCUUUGAUGGAAAUAGCUACAGCUGUGUCCCUUCCUGCUUUUCCCUUUUCUUUGGCUUUUUCUCGGCACGUGGUGUCUCCACCAUUUCUUCUGCACAAAGACGUCUUCUGUUCACCCUGAACAUUUUAAAAUGCAGAAUUUUAUGUGACUGCUUUUUUGCCUCACAAUUAUGCUGUGAAUUUUACAAAAAUUUAUUUUCUUUUUUGAUAAUUUAUUGUACCAAAGCUGUUUUUAUAGCACAUAGAUGUCUGUAACCAAUAAUGUCGCAGGCCUGCACUUUGACACAGGUGUAACGAGACCGUUUUAAACGUCAGUUGAAAUGAUGGCUGUACUAUUGCUUAAACAAAACUGGAACUGUUGUUGAAUCCAUAGCCAAUACAUUUACAGCAAUCUUGUACUGGACAGAAUAGAUUGACAUCUAAUUCAAGAUUACAACACCUGUCACAUUCUAAAUGUGUUCAGGCUUCUGAAGGGAAAGGGACACUGGAUCCAGAAGCUAUGGAGCCAGCAGUUGAUCUUGUAUUCCUGAUUAACUUCCUUGUAAACUUGAACUUGAGACCUUGAUUGAACCGACAGGUCCACAGUAGGAACAGGAAGCAGGCAGAGCUCUGAGCAUGACCUGAAGGAAGCAGGCUGGCACUAGCAGUUGCCUUGUCUGGAGAUGCUGCUGCCUUCAAGUAGCACAGUCUGGCAGUGGCUAAAUCUGUGUUCCCAUUGAAAUUGAGCAAUUUUAGGGUGUUAUACUCUGAAGCAGUUGAAUUGGGAGAAUGAAGAUAGAGUAAUUUCCCUGUCCAGGAUCAAAAGAAGCCUAGAAAGAAGCAGUGAUCUACCUCUGCCAAUAACCCUGUUGGAAGCAACGCAGCAGAACACCACGGUACUUUUUAUUGCUUAAUUCCACGUGGCUGACUAGGUCAAGGUUUGUUUGGUGUUUUUUUUUUUUUUUUUUGUUUCUGAGCAAAAGCAGGUUUUUUUUUGUUUUUUAUAUGUAAACAAAAGAAAGGCCUAAGCUCUGUGAGUGCAAGUGGAGACUCAGAGAGCCCCGUUUCUAUAAACACAGACACUUCAGGUGUUAAUCAGGAAACCCAUAUUGAUUUUGUAAUUAAAUGUCAAGCCUGUGGAUUGUUUUGAGCUUGGUAGUUGAUGAGCAUUUCCGUACAGAGGCCUCACCUUGAGCACAGCACUGUCAGGAGGGCGCAGCGCCUGUGGCUGCGGAGCCCCAGGUGCCACACACCCACCCCACGUGGCUCAGGUCAUUCUUUUUUUCUUUCUGUGCUGGUUGCCACAUUUUAGCAAGCACCAAAAAAGAAAGCAGUUUUUAAAGCUAUAUUUACGUAAAGAGAGCCACACAAUCCAGUGCUUCUGCAUACCGUGUCACGUUACAGUCCAGUUUUGUGUGCUUUACUACACAGUUUGGUUACAGGACUUCUGUGCAUUGUAAACAUAAACAGCAUGGAGAGGUUAAAUACCUGUGUUCAGAUUGUAAGAUCUAGUCCAGACUUGCUGUGUAUAUUGUAACGUUAAAUGAAAAAAGACCCCCCUUUGUAUUAUAGUCAUGCGGUCUUAUGUAUGAUAAACAGUUGAAUAAUUUGUCCUCAGAGUCUUUACUAUGCUUUUUUAAAAAUUAACUUAAGGAAAAAUGUAAACAGUAAAAAAACAAUCUUCGUGUGCAGUGAAGCGGGUCCGGGUGUGGUAGGUAAAGCAGGCACAAUCCUGUCGCCUAUGUAAAGGGAAAAGACUUGUGAGACAGAGACAUUGGCUGCAAGUGUCUUUGAAAGUAAAAAUUGGAGGUUUAACAGAUAA